AUGAGAGGUUUCCAUGAUCAAAUCCAGGAGCAGAAGGGAGAAGUGAGGCUCACAAAUGGUCCAUCCGGGCUUUUCCGUGGAGCCCGUUUCUGCCCCACCCCCCCGAGGAAUCUCACUGCGCACGCGCCGGUCGGCCGGCCGCACCCACGCGGCUCAGCUAGCAAAGUUGCAGACAGCCGGCGAACCGCUCAAUGCGCUUCUUCCGCCCGCCGCAGAGAAAGGGAAAGAGAACUCCGCAGGGGCUCCGUUGGCUUCUCGACGAGUGACAAAGAUGCUUUCCCAGAUAGAAGACCGGAGCCCUGCUCCUUUGCGAUCCGCCAAGGGCUGCAGAGAGCAUCCUCAUCCUUUUGGGCACCUGUGUCCAGGAAGAGCCCGGCCAUCCCUUUCCAGACUGGAUCCUUCAGAGGUGAAUUUUCUUCGGUGGAUUCCGAUUUGCUCCGUCUGACCAGCCUAGGCAAUCCAGCAUCGCGUGGUACCAGUGCCCCCGGGCACACUUGCUUCACGCCGGCGCCGGCUCCGCCUCGCCAGCAAGCGCAUUCCCAGGUGGUCAGGCUCAGGAUGGACCAUGAGCUUUCAAAAAGGAAAAAGGUGAAAAUCCUCAACUAUGCUGCCAUCUGAAUAAGUGUUUCUUUGUAGCAUGCACAGAGUCAAGGAAAAUUACAUCCCUGCAUUAUGUAAUGUACCAACAACGCACUUACCCACUGUUUUAAUCUAGGUUAUUCUUGAAAGCAGAGCCUGAGACAAAGGUAGACACGUUCUAUUUACGAGUCUAACACCCAGGAGCAGGAAUGAGAGGCAGGGGAGUGAACAUGGGAAAAGGGAAAGUAAGUCCAAGCAAAACCAGAUACACCAGAUACUGCUGUUAUCAAGUGGUUCACCCCUAUUAAUGGCUACAUAAUGCAGAACUUUCUUAGGAUUCUUCUUAAACUUUAUCUCAGAACUGUCUACCUUAGGGAGAAUGGAGAAGUAUUUCUCCAUCAGCGGUCACCUCCUGUUUGUUGAGGGCUGCUCCUUUGGGGCGUUAACUCACCGCCCCCACCACCCCAUCCCUCUGGGCUGCAAAGAGCUGAGAGCCCACAUGGUACCUCAGCAUCGCACAUUGCUACAUCAGAGAGGUCUUAAGACAGGAAACUAGAGUCUUGGUGCAUGCUCGAAGUGAGACAGUGUCAGCACAGAAAAGUGUAAUAUCUUCCAUAACUGUUCAACAGAGCCAUGACUGGACUCAGAGGUUGAAAAGAUACGGGACCGUACACAAGAAGCAUCUUGUAAGCCUACAUAACAUACUAUUAGACUCAUCGAAAUCUGUUUCAUUCCUUCUUUAUAAUCAAAACUUCAGUGUCCAGAAUAAGGUUGGCAGAGGGUUAUAUAGGAAAGUUAAAUGCAUUAGAAGGUGUAUAUUUAUAAGUUUUAACCUUGAGUCAUGUUCAAGGAGAAAGUGACAUUGGAACUCGGAAAAUUAAAAAAUGAUUCUACUUGAAAAAUUUGACCAUUGCAUAGAGAUAUUAGCUAUUGUCUAAUCUUUUGUAAUCUCAGAAACAAUCGUGAAUUGUUUGGUGAAAAAUGAAAAAAUAAAAUUAACCAUUUCAUAUGUCUCCGUGAGCUUUAUAGACCAAUGUCACUAACUUUUCUUAAGAUAAUUGUUUCCUACUGUCAAAUAGCUCUAGUGAUAUGCAUCUUACAAUCAAUGAAGGGAAAACUGAUAGAAACAUAGGAAGAAAAAUACUGGGGUAAUUUUCAUCGUAUAAAGUAUUAACAUUAACAUUGGUUAGAAUAGAGGAGAAACUGCAUGACUUGAGUGGACAUUCCUGUAUGUUGUAUGAGGCCCUAUCUUAACAGAAAUAGUGACAUCAUCAUCAUCCUCUCUUAUUUGGUCUUGAAUUGCCACCAAUAGGAUAAAACCUUUGAAUUAUUUAA